CAGCACAUUUCAUUAGUCGACUCCUCCGUCUACCAUUUUGUUAUCAUUUGAGCAAUUUAGGUGGAGGCGCACACACCCCAAAACUCUUAUCUGAGUAAUUUAUGCAGUUUCUGCAGACUGAUACUCAUUUAAGCGUUCAAUAUUUACUGUAGUCGCGACAUUAUGGUGCCGGUUUAACUUUUGAGGAAUAUGCCGCAUGCGCUUCAGAAGUUGGGAUUGUUUUUUCUGGUCCUGAGUUUUUCUCCCAGUCUUGCUGACCCAGUUUACAUGGCUAUAGGUGGAGAUGCUGUCCUCAGACCACCCCCCAUGGAUCUUCCUAUCAAAAACAUAGAGUGGAAACACAAUGAGGAUAUUGCAGCAGAUUGGCAUGGAAACGAGUUUGAGUGUUUUGGCCAGUUUAAAGGUCGUUGUGAGGUGAACAGUGAUACUGGAGCACUGACCAUCAAAGGACUUAACCUGAACGACAGCGGCAUCUACACACCAGAGAUUAACGGCAGAGUACCGUAUAAGAUUGAACUCUCUGUUAUCACUCGUAUUGCUAAACCCUCUGUAAAAUCCUCCUGUAACAAUGAGAAGACCUACUGUCUCCUGAUCUGUGAAGGCAACGAUGCAAAUGCCAAGCCAGUCGUCUAUAGGUGGUUUGUAGAUGGCAAGCAUGGAUCUUCAUAUAAGGAGCGGAAUAUAACAAAGGAUACAAAGGGGGACAGUUUCAGAUGUUUGAUGAUGAACCCAGUCAGCAAUGAAACCAGUGAAAGCGUCACAAACCCCCUCACUGAACAAGAAUUAAGCUGGCCGGAUACCAUCCUUGUACCAGUAGUGAUUGUUUUGGUAGUCAUUCUGUUUGCUGCUUUCAUCUACAAAGUCAUCAGGGGAAGAAGGCGAAAAGCACUAUUAGGAAGAAUGCAAAGAGUACUACACAAAAUGGGAUUUGGGCUUAAAGGGACUAAACAUGAGAUGGGACCACUAAAUCAACCUCCUGAUGGUGGAGGACAAAGUGAUACUACCCAACGUCUCAGCAAUGGAGCUGGUGAAAAAGCAGAGAAAUCUGUAUAAUGAUGCCAGACAAACCAGAAACCAACUGUGAGCCAUCAGCUGAUAAACAGAGAGCAGAUGACCGAGGAGAUGUUGACUAAAUGUGGACGUACACUUCAUUCCUGUUUGAUAAACAUCAAAAAUCUUGUUGGUAGAGACUUUUGUUACAGACUCUGCUCCGUUUGAAGAUGUUACACUCACUAUGGGACAAAGUGUUACAUGCACACAGAUGACUGCCUUUAUGAGAUGAAAUGCUUUAGGCCUCUGGUAGUAGUUGGUGAGAAAACUUGAAGGAAUGCACUAUUUAUUUCUGACGUUAACUACCUACAGCCACGUCUGCACGUCUACAGCAUCCUUAAGCUAAAGAUCUAUGAGGGUGGGAGGCAGUGAACAUCAAAACAGCAGCUCUGGGAGAAUAUUCUGAUAUCCUGCAAAGAAAAUCAAGCAGAAACUCCAAAAACUCACAAGUUCAAUGGAUGCAAAAAUUGUGAAGGUGAUAUAAAAGAAGGGCUCCUAUGUUAACAUGGAACUUGGCCUGUUAAGAUUUUUUUGAUUGAAAAAGCUUUUGAUUUCA